AUGUCUGCGUACCAGGACGUAUUCAGUCUGCGGCGCCUGCGCUAUCGAGAAAGGCCCGCGUCAGUUGUGUUCCAAGGCAGCGGCCAGGCUUUGCAUGAAGCCGAGCUGACUGCCCUUGCCUUCCCAAGCUUUGCCCGCAACUUGCUGCCCACCUCUCGUUCAUUCUGUGCCGGUGGCCGUUUGGCCUGCGUUUCUAAGCGCAGGUUGGACCGACGGCUGCGCGAAUGGCCCUGCAUCGCGGUUGGCCCUGCGCGGAUGUCUGCAGCGAAGGUCGUGUGGGUGCUCUGGGAAACGACUUGCCUUGAACACAGUAGAAUUUCCAAGUCAUUCUGCCAUUCAUGCGCGCAGAUUGCAGUUGCUGGUGUCAGAGUUUCUAAACAUCCAGCUUGA